UCACUGAUACAGAAAUCAAAGAAUAAAACUCCUGUAAAAUGUUUUCCGUCAUGGGAAUAUUAAUAAUUUUUCCUUGUUUUGCGUUUGGGUUAACGCAAGAACAUCUUAAACCAUGUUGGAUUUGGGCCAUAUGUGAAGCAGAUGUUGAAUUCCGAAAAGAAUUACUCAGCUGCUAUGUCCCUGCAUUCACAGAAAAAGACUUCAGUCAAGUUGCCCGAACAAUUGUUACAUAUAAAAUUCAAUCUACAAAUGCGACUGGUUUCUUUAAAGAAUUUUGCGACUUAGGCCAAGAACUUCGGGAAACUGUUUCAAUUGAAUGUGUAAGAAGUACACUCGAUUAUUAUGCAGUAACCUGUGCUAACCCUUUGCAAGCUGACUGUGAUCGCUUAAAUAAAAUAAUAAACUGCUACAUGAAUACGUUGGAUGAAUAUCAUAGAAAUGGCUAUUGCUAAAGUUUGUCAAGAUUGCUACUUGCAGUAAUCAAAAACAUCUUAAAGAUGUAUCAGCACUUUUUCUUUUUUCUUCUUUUUUUGUAUUAAAACAUUGAUGGAUAAAAUAAAAGUCAUUUUAAUGGUCA